AGGACUUACAACUUUCAGCAUGGGGAGGUUCGACUAUCAGGAGCUGCUCCAUAACUCCAGUUUCUGCCUGGUUCCUCGGGGUCGGCGUCUUGGAUCCUUUCGUUUCCUGGAGGCCUUGCAGGCAGCCUGUAUCCCAUUUAUUCUGAGUAACGGCUGGGAGCUUCCUUUCUCUGAAGUGAUCGACUGGAGGAAAGCCGCCAUAAUUGGAGACGAGAGACUGCUGUUACAGGUUCCCUCCAUUACGCGAUCCGUGGGCCGUGACAGGAUCUUGGCUCUCCGCCAGCAGACUCAGUUCCUCUGGGACGCCUACUUCUCUUCUGUAGCCAAAAUCGUCUUAACUACUCUGGAGAUCAUCCAGGACCGUGUGGACUCCCACGUGUCGAGAAACCGAUUGUUGUGGAAUUCUCUGCCCAGUGGCCUCUACGCACUCCCCCAGUACUCAAUUGACCCUGCCCAGUUCCCGUUUUACUAUGGCAUACUGGGUAAGAGCCCAUCGCAGCAGUUCACAGCAGUGAUCCAUUCAGUAACUCCUCUGCAGUCCCAGAUCUCCCCUGUGAUGAAGCUCAUCAUCGCUGUAGCCAAGUCCAAGUUCUGUGCACAGAUUGUGGUUUUAUGGAACUGCGACAAGCCUUUACCUCCUAGGAACAAGUGGCCCUCCACCAGCGUGCCUCUCACUGUCGUUGAAGGACAGACCAAGAUGAUGAGCAGUCGUUUUUUCCCCUACGACGUCAUCCUCACUGAUGCUGUCCUCAGUCUGGAUGAAGACUCAGUUCUCUCAACCAAUGAGGUGGAUUUUGCCUUUAUUGUAUGGCAGAGUUUUCCAGAUCGUAUUGUUGGCUAUCCAGCAAGGAGCCACUACUGGGAUAGUUCCCGAUCCCGCUGGGGCUACACCUCCAAGUGGACCAACGAUUACUCCAUGGUCCUCACAGGAGCAGCUUUCUACCACAGAUAUUACCACUACCUGUUCACGCACUACGUCCCCACCAGCCUGCUGACUAUGGUGGACCACAUGGCUAACUGUGAGGACAUCCUGAUGAACUUCCUGGUUUCGGCUGUUACCAAGCAACCACCAAUCAAAGUCACACAGAAGAAGCAGUACAAGGAAACCAUGAUGACCCAGGGCUCAAAGGCAUCUCGGUGGGCCGACCCAGACCACUUCGCCCAGCGUCAGACCUGCAUGAACACCUUUAGCCACUGGCUGGGUUUCAUGCCCCUGGUGCACUCCCAGAUGAGGCUGGACCCUGUGUUGUUCAGAGACCAGGUGUCCAUCCUGAGGAAGAAAUACAGGGACAUUGAGAGACUGUGAAUGCAACAGGAAUUGGAGAGAGGAAGCAGGAGUACUGGCCAUGUGCGUGCACCCUUACGUGAGGCCGUGAUGCGAAUGCACACACUGAAUGACAAUAUUUGUGAUGCUAUAAAGGAAAACUCACACUUGCACCGGACAUAAAAAUGAUAAAAUACAGAUAACCAGAAGGCAUUUAACUGCCUAUUUCUGUGGGGAAAAAACAGCGAGUGCAUACCUGCCAUCUGUGACAGUACACAUAAAUAUAUGAAUGCAUGGAUACACAUGCACCAAAGACCCGGACACAGUCAAGACAGACAUACAGUAAGUAGUGCAUGGUGUGAACGACAACUGUACUGUAUUAAGGACCUGAACAAUGUAAUAUGUUUGAAUUUAAAAGCAAUCUAAGAUAUGUUACAUGUGGCAUUAAAGGAGUACACAGUAUAUUGUAUGGGUUAUAGGCUGUAUACAUAAAGUCCAAAUGACACGUUCUCUGGAGAUUUAUCUUUGUAUGGUAAAGACACACUGUGGACAGCAACAACAAAUUGUAACUUCUGGAUGGGGACACAUGACAGCUGCUACCCCAGAGCACCAACAGACAACGGCAAGACACCUCUUGCAUACUACUGAAGAUUUCUGGCAACCGUUCCCGUCUGUAUGAUGCAAAUUAAAAAUAAAAAACAGAUGCUAUAAGGUGAGAGGCCAGGUCU